AUGUGUACGUGUGUUUGGACACUGAUGCUUCUAUAAAGUCUCACAGAUUGUCACAAAGACUCAGUACUGAUCUCCAUCGUCGUACCCGACUGUCUCUCCUCUUGCACGAGCGCAAGUCAUCAUGGCAACUAAAAUAGUUAUUCAGCAGCCCAAGCCACUGGUUCUGGCUCCUGGUUCUGACCAAUGGUCCUCUGGCAUGUGCGAAUGUGACAACCUCAAUGACUGUUGCUUUGCGUUCUGGUGCUGUCCAUGUUUCGCCUGCAUCACAGCCAGAGAUCACGGAGAGUGUCUGUGUCUGCCUCUGCUGGACAGUUUUGGCCUCUUCCCACCCAUCACUAUGGCCAUGAGAGUGUCUGUCCGGCGCACCUAUGGAAUUGAGGACUCUAUCUGUAAUGAUUGUGUGCUGUCCUUCUGCUGCGGCCCGUGCUCCUACUGUCAGAUAAGACGUGAGAUGAUAGCUCGCAACCACCCCGUCACACUCUUCCGCAACCGACCGAAAUAAAACAACUUCAUCGUCAGUCACUUAAUGAAUCAUCAGCUCUGAAAAGAAAUAAGCUAGCUUUGAGCGUGUUGGAGAAGUCUGAAAUUCGGCUCUGACCCAAGGACUGAUGUGGAUUUCAGAUGCUCGGGGAUGAAGACUGAAAACUCUUCUCUAAAAAUACAUGAUUCUUUAGGAUAACUAACCAUACUGAUGUUUUAAUGUAUUGAUGUAGAUCUGUAACUGUGAAACUGUCAUUCUGAAUCAUGAGGUCCUUUUUAAUUCUGUUUCAGAGCUCUUGCUUUUAGUUUGUUUAGCCUUUUAUAAAUAUUUGUUAAUAUAUUAUGUCAUUGUACAUGUGUUGAAA